GCUUCCCAGCACAACACAAACCAACAUUUCUCUCGACGUCAUGGCACAUUCCAACACCUUCCUAUUCCUCCUUUUCCUCCAAAUCCCACUUUCCUGCAUCGGGAUUCGUGACGGGCCUCCCACCAAGGUCCCGGCGGUCAUCGUCUUCGGCGAUUCAUCGGUCGAUGCCGGCAACAACAACCAUAUCACGACCAUCCUCAAGAGCAAUUUCGAGCCAUAUGGGCGCGAUUUUUGGGACGCGCGUCCCACCGGGAGGUUUUCCAACGGUCGGAUCGCCCCCGAUUUCAUAUCGGAGGCGUUCGGAAUCAAGCCGGCGGUGCCGGCCUACCUGGAUCCUACUUACAGUAUCAAGGACUUCGUCGACGGCGUGUGCUUCGCAUCGGCGGGGACCGGCUACGACAAUGCUACAUCUAAUGUCCUGAAUGUGAUACCUCUCUGGCAGGAAUUGGUGCAUUUCAAGGAAUACCAAACGAAGUUGAGAAGCUAUGUUGGAGAUCAAGAGGCCACUUAUAUAUUGACUGAGGCUCUCUAUCUGAUUAGUGUAGGAACCAAUGAUUUCCUAGAAAAUUACUACACUGUUCCUGGCCGUCGAUCACAAUUCACGAUCAACGGCUACCAGGACUUCUUGGUGGGGAUCGCAGAGUCGUUCGUGAAGGCGAUCUAUGAUCUGGGCGGUCGAAAGAUAUCAUUGGGUGGGAUCCCACCAAUGGGGUGCUUGCCAUUGGAGAGGACCAUGAAUUUCAUGCACGGUAGUGAUUGCAGGGAAGAUUAUAAUGUGGUGGCCAGAGAUUUCAAUGGGAAAUUACAGGCGUUGGUGGCUAGGCUGAAUCAAGAGCUCUUGGGAAUUCGAUUGGUGUAUUCAGACAUUUAUGAUACACUGCUGGAACUCGUUCAGAUGCCAUACUUGUACGGAUUCGAGAAUGCAGCGGUCGGAUGCUGCGCGACAGGGAUGUUCGAGAUGGGCUACUUGUGUGAUAAGUGGAACCCGUUCACCUGUACAGAUGCGAGCAAAUACGUAUUUUGGGAUUCCUUCCAUGGGACAGAAAAGAUGAAUAAAAUCGUGGCUGAUCAUAUCAUGGCCACCAGCUUAGCCCAGUUUGUAUGAAGAUUAUUGUAUUGUAGUGUAUUUUAUACGUAUACCAUACUAUAUACAAGUACGGUCGCAUGAGCAUGUACUAAAUAUGAUAGAGGGAUGAUUCAUUCUCCACCGUUAAUAAACCCGUACUAUUUAUUUUUGGAA